UGUGUGUGUGCGGGUCCCUGCUCUUUAAAAUUCAGGGCAGAGGACUGACAAGGAAAAAAUGCGAUUCUUCUUAGAGGCAGGCAGGGGACUCCAUGACAGUUUCUUCAUCAUCAGUUAUAUUAAUAGCUUGCAUUCAUUAAUACUUGAGGUCGAGCAUAUACAUUAGGGAAAUCUUCUCUUCCUCGCUGACUGGUGGGCGAUUCCUGCCUUCUUUUUUGUGUGAACGACGGAAUUCUAUUCCUCGGUUGCUCUUGGCCUUGAACGCACUUCUUGUUUAAGAAGCGCCGCUUUAUUGCAUACUUGAAUGAUAAUUUCCUCCCAGAAAAUGCAAGGAAGUUCCUGUAUGAUAAAAAGGCUCCAAAUAACUUUUGUUACCGGAUUGUGACAGAUGGAUUCUGCACAAAGAACAACAAACAGAAGUGAACAAAAAUCAAGGAAAUUUUUAAAAAGCCUUAUAUGGAAGCAGCCCCGGGAUCUCUUGUUGGUAAUUGGAACGGGAGUGAGUGCUGCUGUGGCGCCCGGAAUUCCGGCCCUUUGCUCCUGGCGGAGCUGCAUUGAAGCGGUUAUUGAAGCAGCUGACCAGCUGGAAGUGCUGCAUCCAGGGGAUGUGGCUGAAUUCCACAAAAAAGUGACCAAAGAUCGAGACUUGCUUGUGGUUGCUCAUGACCUAAUCCGAAAGAUGUCACCGCGCACAGGAGAUGCCAAACCUAACUUUUUCCAGGACUGUCUAAUGGAGAUUUUUGAUAACUUAGAAAACCACAUCCAGAAUCCUGUCAUUCUGCAGUCAAUCCUCCAACUAAUGGAGAGGGGCACUAUGGUGCUUACCACAAACUAUGACAACUUACUCGAACUCUUUGGUCAGCAACAGGGUAAACCUAUGGAAUCUCUUGAUUUGAAAGAUAAAGACAAGGUUCUCCAGUGGGCAAAAGGCCACAAAAGGUAUGGAGUUCUUCAUAUUCAUGGUUUGUACACAGAUCCCUGUGGAAUGGUGUUGGAUCCUUCAGGAUAUAAAGAUGUUACUCAAGACCCUGAAGUGAUGGAGGUACUGCAGAACCUGUACCGGACAAAAUCAUUUUUGUUUGUGGGUUGCGGAGAGACUCUUCGUGAUCAGAUAUUUCAGGCCCUCUUUCUAUACACCGUUAAAAACAAAGUGGAUCUAGAACAUUACAUGUUGGUGCUUAAAGAAAAUGAAGACCAGUUUUUUAAACUCCAGGCAGAUAUGCUUCUACAUGGUAUAAAAGUAGUAUCCUAUGGGAACAGCUUUGAAAGUUUUCCAGAAUACGUUCAAGAUCUUGCUACUCAGAUCUGCAAACAGAGGAGUCCAGAUACAGAUCAAGUGGACAGCACAACAUUUCUGGGUUUGGUGCUCAGCCUUCAAGCCACAAGGGGCAGUAGUCAUUUGGGGUCUGGGUGUAGGAAUGGACCUGUGACUGGAGAUAUGGAUACACUAGUAGGAUCCACGUUGCCAGCUGCACUAGAUUAGAAAACCACAGUCUCCCAAGACAGCAGGUGCCACUUGGAGCCAGAUUUGUCUUGCAAGAAGAGGUUAGAGGAAAUGGGGCUAUCACCUUAAAAAAAGUUAUUGCUCAAUUCUUAUUCAAAAGUGAUUACAAGUCACCUCAGUGUUCCCUCUAACAGGGAUUCCCAGAUGUUGUUGACUACAGCUCUCAUAAUCCCCAAGCAAAAGACAUUGCAGCUGGGAAUUCUGGGAGUUGUAGUCAACAACAUCUGGGGAUCCCUGUUAGAGGGAACAGCAGUCACUAGGUGGUGUUCACACACCGAUGAAAUCAAAGUUUGACAUUCCUGUGAUAUCACACCUGCCUGCCUUUCUUUGGGGCCUGAUUAGUGAGCACAGAGUGAAAUUUCUUGUAAUAAUUUGACCAAAAACUGUGUUUUUGAAAAAUCCAGAAGGUAUAAGCUGUGUAAGAGUACAGUGGGGAAAAGUGUGUAUGUCCCUAAAAAGCAACAGAAAGCAUGGAUAGCUGCUAUGAGGAAAGAAAAGUUGUUCAAUGAGUAAUCUGUGGUGUUUGUGUGUCAGGACCACGAACGAUACUGUUAGUACAAAUAACCUGUAACAUGUUUAUUAUCCCCAAUAUUUUGCGAUUUAUUUAUUUAUUUGUAUCAUUUUACCUCAGAACUGCUAGGCCUUUUACCACCCUCUAGCCUUGUACCUCAUAAGGGAGGGACUGCUGAGUUUCUUGUAAGAGUCAGAGGGCCCAAGACUUUUAACAUUUGAAUAAUAGGCAGACAUUUAACAGGUGCAACUUUACCUAGUAUGGAACAGAAGCAGCACCUGGUUGGAAGCGGCACCUGUUGAUAUUCUACCUGUACUUCAGCUGACAGUCAAGACUUAACAGGUGUAGUUUCAAUCUCCAACUGCUGGAGGAAAUGCCACCUGCUGAGUUUCUGCCAAUCAUCUAAUGGAUCCAAUAAAGAGUGUGAUCUGGU